GCAUAGCAAUGCACGAUCGAUUCGAAAAUAUUCCCAAUGAUCCCAAGUAAAAAUCGCAUUUUCCCCAGCAAGGACCAAAGACAAAUAUUGCCGCAAAAUAGCGGCCUUGGCAUUAAAGCCAAGGCCGCGGCCUUGAGCAACAGGAAUAUUGCGGUUUAUAACCUGGUACACCCCAACAACCCGAACCCCACUUAGACCCCACUGCCUCAGGGGCGUGAGUCGACAAAUCGUUAGUCCCAAGCUCCAAGUUUACAAUUUCGGGCUUAUACUUAUGCACCGAUUUCAAAUCGUAUUUAACGACCUUUUCAACGGUUCGGCCACCCGUCCCUAACAAAGUAGGCCUAUAUAGCCCGAUUCUGGGAGGUGAUCAAAGUGCGCAUCUAAAGAGUACAUCAAAGUGCGCAUCUAAAUCAUCUCGCAAACGACGGACAAAAGAAUGACCGAGAAAAAAUACUUGGGACACAACUUGACAUAAGAAUAUCAGAGAAGGAAGAAAAAAUAAAUACUUUGAAUACCUUAUCAAGAGUUGACCUUAUGCUACCAGAUUUAAAAGCAGAAUGAACUGAUGCACAUACUGCUGUAGAUUAUAUCACUGUGACUAUCGGGGCUAAUACCUACGUGCCAAAUUACAAUAGCUCCUUAUCUCUAAAACCAGAUGCAGGAAGCAAUAAAAUCUUUAUUGGUAUGCCAAUAAUUCCUUUUUGUUUUUGGGGACGCGCCUUCCAAAAAUAACUCUGUAAUUUCACAAUUUUCGAAGUUUAUUAUUCGAAGGGUAUAUUCAUUUUGUAUACUUACGUAUUAUACGAAUUUUGUAUACUUACUAAUUUUGAGGUGAUUUGGUUCAUUUCUUAAUUUGGGCACUUUUUAACACUCGUCCCCAGUACACUCAUCAACUUCAAAAUGGCUAAUUAAAACGUUUGCACAGAAAACAGAAUACGUUGUUACAUAUCUAUUCUUACAGCAAUGCAACAGCAACAACCCGAGAAGAUGGACAGCAAACAACAACCUCAAAUGCAGCGAUAAUAACGUGAAGACAAGAAAUGAUCGUUGUAUUAAUGGAGACUGUAGUGGACAACCUUACACGUGUCUGUCAUGCCAAGAGCACUACAACGACGUGUGUAAACCGAAGUCCGGAUACUGUAUCAUCAAGACCACAAAUGUGGACACAUGUUACCGCGCGAUGGCAAAACCCGGGAACCCAUGUCAGGUAGGGUGGAAAAACAGUCGUUAAAUUCUUCACCGGGAUGAAAUCAGAUCGGGAUGAUUUCCUUUCGGCCAUAGAGGUAUCGUUGUUAGUCGCAUCACAGUAAUCCUUUUAGUUUCAAUUGUUAAAUUGUUGCGACAUUUCAAUUUUUUUCCCACAUACUUCGCCUCGAUCCAAGAAUGCCUUAGGUAACUUGUCAUUCCAGCUAUUACAUGCAUCCUCAACUUAAUGCUUUAAAGAGUACUGGUUUAAAAAUUCUUUUAGUGGUGCAACCCAAAUACGACUACAUCUGCAUGGACAAACAGAAAUGGAACGUCUUGUGAUGAUCGACAGAAAUGCACGCGCUCAGAUAAAUGUACCAAUGGUCAAUGUGGCGGCAUCAGUUUUAAGUGCAAUACACUGUGUCAAUACUGUGAUGGAAAUGUUGUAGUUUGAAUACAGGUUUUGGAUAUGUUGCGGGGAAAUGUACUUGUAAAAUAGCAGGUUAGUGAAUAUUAGCAACGAAAAUAGCGGGAGAAUGUCUGCCAAAAUAGAAGUAAAUAAAGGAAAAGCAUUUAGUCUCAGGAAACGUCUAAAGGAUUAAGCUCAGGAAUUUCACAUCAUCCUUUCGACAAGAAGGAGUUAUACAGGGUGUCCACGGGCCUCGAAUUGUAAAAAACAAAGUUCCUGAACUGGGAAGUCCUUGAAAAUCAGUAGAAGUCUUUGAAAGUCCUGGAAUUAAUUUCCUUAACCUCCAGCUGUGCCAACAUUAGUGAUUUUGAUUAAAAUUACUGAAUAAAGUGAAUUAUUUGCUGGGCAAAUCCGUGCCAUUUUCAAAGAUUUUUCCCAGUUCUAGGUCCUUGAAUUUACUGAAAAAGGGCCUUGAAAGUCCUGGAAAAGUCCCGGAAUUUCACCGUCACCAAAGUGUAGACACCCUGGUUAUAGCAGAGGUUACACCCUUGUACUUUUCUUCACACUUUUUGUUAGAGCUUCAUGAAGACAAUACUAUUUCCAUGCAUUCUAGUACAAGCAGUCGAUACGCAGACGUUUGAUCACAAUGUUAGUUUGCUCUCAGAGGAACUCUAGCAUAGCUUAGAACUGGUAGAGACAAAGUUAGCUUUGGUUUCUUCCUACGGUUGCGCUGAAUCAUUGAUAGAGUUAUCCAGGAUAAAUAAAGUUAGGUUAUAAGUUCUUUGUAUGUUUGCAUGGUGAUAAAAUAUAAUAGGUUUUGUUUGUGGAAGCACCACGUAAAUUUAAAAAAAAAUUUACGUGGUGUUUCCACAAACAUGUACAAAACCUAUCAUUAUUAAAGUUAGUUUAGUUUAGUUUAGUUUAGUUUAGUUUAGUUUAGUUUAGUUUAGUUUAGUUUAGUUUAGUUUAGUUUAGUUUAGUUAGUGAUAUGAUGAUUUUAAGUUGAUGACAUGGAAUGGUGGUGGUGGUUUGACGAUCAGGUAAUAAUGGUGAUAAUGAUAUUGUUGGUGAUGUGUGGUGGUUGAGAUGUUGAUGGUAAUGAUUUGAAUUGAGUGGCAUUAACGAACAUAAACAUACAAAAUUACUGACUGGGUCAACUAAAGUCAAACUUUCAUUUCUUGGUAACAGGUAAUGAUUACAACCAUCAACAGCUAAACCCAGGCAAUGAAUGUCAAUGGUGCGACCUGUACGACAAAGCUUCCAAAUCAAGCUCUAUGUGGACCAACAGACCCGCGAUCUCUUGUAACGAUGGCAACGCCUGCACGAAACAAGAUCUCUGUCAAAGCGGCCGAUGUGUGGGCAAAGCGUACAGUUGUCAAUCAUCCUACCCGCUGAUCAGUUGCAUACAGCGCUCUGAGUGUGUGGGAAACGGGACGUGUAGGGAUAUCAUGAGAACCAAAGGGACAAUAUGCCGUUCAGCUGUGCAAAAAUGUGAUGAACCUGAAAGGUGAGACAACAGUUUGGUGGUUACGAAUACUUUUUGGGUCAGGGAAAACUAGGACACAUUGCUUCCUAACCAUGUUUUCCGAAGGAGAGCAAACCAGGAAACAUUGUUUUCUAGCCGUGUUUCCUGAAGGUGGGCAAACCGGUAGAUAGAAGGAAGACAAAAUAACAUAACCAAAGAUAUAAUAGUCUGAUUUCUCUUUCGCAGAUGUAACGGUGUACUGGGAACAUGUCCACCACGAGUUGUCGACGCAAUUAAACUCCGAGAAGGGCAAUCCGCUUUAACUUUUUUAAACUUCGCAAGUUCCACCGCAUACCAACCAACCACGGACAAACUUUACCUCAAACUAACUAGUUUUUCAGCCACAUGUGGUGCCCUCACUAUGAAAUGGUCUUUACUGAAAGGCAAAGACGGCUGUGCUCUUGGUAAAAACCCCGGUAACCUGACUAACACAAACAACCACGUCCUUAGCCGGUUAACUUUACAGAACGGCGAGGCAUAUAAAGUAGUUGUGCAGGCUCACGAUAUUUAUGGACAAUUUGGGUUGCCUGUAUGUAGCAACGCGGUUACCAUAGAUACCAGUAGGCCGAGUAGAGGAUGGAUCCGCGAUGGCCUGGGCUCGAAAGACGUUAAAUUCCAGUCAAAUAAAACAAUCAGUGUAACUUGGGGUGGCUUUAAAACAACUCAUGGUAUAGCAAAGUAUGAAAUAGCUGUGUACCAUAACGACACUUUCUUACAAUCUUUUACUAAUGUUAACCUCAAAGUAUCUUUUUCCAAAACCUUUUCAAAAAUCACAGAUGGUAGUAUAAUUAUCACAAAAGUCAGAGCAUUUACAAAGGCAGGUCUUUAUACGGAAAUUUCCAGCAAUGGAGUGACGGUCGAUACUUCCAAGCCUAAACCAGGGACGGUUUCCGACGGCCCGUCCUCCGAUCUCAAGUAUGCUAGCUGGACUAAGACCUACGAUGCCAGUUGGACCCAAUUCACGGACGCUCAUACACCUAUUGUCGAGUACAAGCUCGGUGUGAAAAGAAAAGAUGACGGGUUGGUUUCGUCCGGGUUGACUUCAGUCGGUUUGGGACGUGCCGGUCAAGUGUCGGGAUUGACUCUAACCUCGGGGGUCCAGUAUUGCGCUAUUGUGGAAGGGAUCAACGCGGCCGGUAUUAGUACCCAGGCGUCUUCCGAUUGCCUCCUUAUAGACCACUAUGCACCGCAACCUGGCACGGUCAAUGAUGGAACCGCGGAAGACAUCGAUUAUCAAUCGGCGGAUAAUAUGACUCACGCAAACUGGAAUGGAUUUGACGACGGGCAAAAGAGUAGCGGACUUGCGGAAUAUAGAUACAAGUUAACGGAUAAGAAUAACAAAAAUAUUACAUCAUGGGCUUCUGCAGGUCUUCAAACUAAUAUCACUAUUACAGGGUUAAGCCUUUCAAAUGGUAAUACGUACUACCUGACAGUAUGUGCUGUUGAUAAAGUCGGACAUUACGUUGAAGUCAAAUCAGACGGAGUUUUUAUCGAUAUAAGCCAUCCAGUUUAUACAGGCAGUUUGAGCGUUCAGGGUGAGACAGCUCAAAAGAAUGGCGAGACAGUGGUGUAUAUCAGAGAUAAAGAUUCCGUGACAGUCUCCUGGCCACAAUUUGUAGACGAACAUAGCGGGAUGAGGAAAUAUCAAUGGACUAUUACUGAGAAGAAUGUGCAGCCAACAUCGUGGAAAGAUGUACCUGGAGUUAAACUUGCUACCAAAGCUGUUCUAAGGUGGGUACAAACUUCAAAUUCUAACUUAUCGCCAAGCAAUCACUGUGAAUAAGCUGCUUUAGUAUAUACUCGGGAGAUGGAUAGUGGUUUUCCCGCAAUUUCAUUGGUUGUUCAGCUCCAGAUAUCCUUGCACUAUUCACUUCCGGACAAAAACAAUAUGUCUCCCCGUUUUGUUCCGGUCACAGACAAGCAAAUUCAUACUGGACGAAGCUCCUGUUUCGCAAAACACAAAGUGAGCCACAAAGUUUUGUUUAGCACUAGUUUUGUGUAGUUGUAGUACUAUAGGACUAUGGGUAGACAUUUCGCAGGCGCAUGCAGCUACGAAAUAUGCAACUGGCAGGAAUUGAACUUGCUGCCCUGCAAUUCCGGUGCAGUGUUCAACAAACUGAGGUCAUAGACAAUUAGUUACAUCUGCCCAAUUUUAAAAUCGAUCCAAUGCUAUUUACAUAAUGUCUGGCCACAAAAUUCGCUGCACUCUCUUGAUGAGAUGUUGGGUUAGUGGAUAGAAUACAAUGUCACCAAAGUCUAAACGAGAGGUAAUUACACUUUCAGCCAAAUGCUUCCUCAGGGUAAAAGUUGCAAAGUUCUUAAUUUUUCUGAGAUUUGCUAGAGUCCCAUAGCACAUCGAGGCAAAGAGAGCCUUUGUCCUCUUUAAAUAGCAUAUUACAAGUUCAAUUUUUCCUACUUUGUUUCAAUUUAGAUCCCUCUCGCUAACAAACAACAAAGAAUAUCAACUGACUAUGCGUGGCAUCAACAACGCUGGUCUUCAUGCCGACAUAAAAUCACCACUACUCAUUCCUUUAAGUGAAGCUCCCGAUCUCGGUACGGUGUCCGACGGUGAGGACCCGACGAUAGAUAUCGAUUACCAAACGAACACAUCCGAAAUUUACGCGACCUGGAAAGGUUUUGAAACGCCGAACGUAAAAGUCCGAGCUUACUUUGUUGCUAUCGGUAGCUGCAUCAAAGGAAACUAUCACGUGACUAAUAACCAGUUUAUACUAGUUAACCCAGCCACGGCUACCUCAUUUGGAAUACAAGGACUGAGUCUAGUCAACGGUCAGAAAUAUUGUAUUAAAAUCAAAGCAGAAAAUCUAGCCGCGGUUCAAACUCAGCCUGUCUCCUCGGACGGAUUCAUAGUUGACGUGACUCCCCCUGGUCUGAAACGGGCGAUGGUAUUAGACGGUAAUGGUGAUGAUGAUAUAGAUUAUCAGUCAAGCAGGGGGGAGCUGUCUGCUACUUGGACGGGGAUCCAAGAUCACGACUCAGGGAUAAAGAAUUUCGAAGUUGCAGUGAGUCGGAAUCGCGUUGGCGAGCCAGAUGUGACUUCAUUCAUAGACGUUGGCCAAAACACGUCAGCAAAUAUAUCUGGGCUAAGUUUGCACAAAGACGUGUAUUACGUUAUAGUGUGUGCUAUAAAUAACGCAGGAUUAAAGUCAUGCCUAGCUUCGGAUGGAGUCCUUAUUGAUCCAACCCCUUCAACAUCCGGUGUGGUGCAUGAUGGGAUACUUGAACCGGAUGUUCGUUACCAGUCUUCCACGACAAAGAUGAGCGCGAACUGGGAACGAAUCUGGGAUUUGGAAAGCAGAGUGGAAAGAUUUGAAUGGGGGAUUGGGGAAAAGCAUCCGGGUUCUGUGUUGAACUUUGUUGACGUAGGUCUGCAAACUCACGUGACAACUGAGAAAGUGUUAUCUCUACAACAUGGUCAUAAUUACACAGUAUUCCUACGUGUGUACAACAGAGCGGGGGGUGUGCGUGAGUUGAGAUCGAAUGGAGUCACUAUUGAUACCACUCCCCCCGUCCCGAGUGACAUCACACUGGCAUCGGAGUGGCGUUUCAUCCAAGACACUGGGACCUAUUAUUCCUAUACUGCCUCGGGAAUAUACGUAACAUGGGGGGAUUUCAAGGAACUUGAAAGUGAAAUAUGGUACUACAAGUGGGCAAUAGGGACAUCAAAAUGCGGCACCCAGGUUCAACCGCUCAUUAACAUCGGUUCAGCGACGAGUGCCAACACUACCGGAAGUGAACUGGACUUCAGGUCUGGAGUACCUUAUUACGUCACAGUGGUAGUGCGGAAUCGAGCAGACCUUGUAUCACGUGCUUGCUCGUCACCACUCCUUUUUGACCACACUCCGCCUUGGGCUGGCAGAAUCCUGUUAACUUCGCAUACGGGGACUGAGAAAACCUACUUCAGUUCUGACGAGGACCCACGCGUAACCUGGUUCGAUUUUGAGGAUAUGGAAAGCGGAAUAGAAAUAUAUGAAAUUUCAGUAAUGCAAUCUAAUACAUCCGUGCUGAAAUAUACUUUCAACUCGACCCAAGUCCAGUCUGACAUUUCACUUCGUAGCUUUCCGCCAGGAACGGGAUAUACCAUAGUCUUUAAGGCCAUCAACUAUGCAGGACUAGUAACCACAGUUUAUUCAAAACCUUUCACCAUAGAUGACACUCCGCCAUUUUACACCGCAGUUGCAAACAUACUACCUCAACGAAGCUACCAGUCUCAUUCUGAUACAAUUAAAAUAACUUGGGAACGAUUUGCAGACAAUGAAAGCCCUGUAGAAUUUUAUGAAAUCGGCGUAGGAACAAGGGCAUCCCGAGACGAUACACACAAAUUUACCAGGACUGGUUUGCGUAAAGAUUUUGAGUUUGCUGGUUUAAAUCUAAAGGAUAAUCAGGACUAUUAUGUCACAGUUAGGGCUAGCAAUGCAGCAGGGCUCGUGACGUCGUUGUUAUUACAAGUUGUGCUUGUUGACCAAACUGCGCCAACAGGACAAAAUGGAAGUGUCAAAGAUGGACGUUCAGAACGCGAUAUUGAUUUUAUCUCGAUCAAUGAUUCGGUCUCUGCCACUUGGGAGAAUAUCACAGAUCUAGAAAGCGGUAUAGAAAAGUUUGAAUAUUGCGUGGGCACCACUAGCUUCAAUUGCUUGAUCAAACCGUUCACUUCAAUAGGCCAAAACACAUCGUUUGUAUGCCAAGACUGUAAAAUACAUGGGGAUGUGAACGUGUUUUCGAGAAUCAGAGCGACAAACAAAGCGGGGUUGUCCGCCAUAUUUUCUUCAGAUGGCGUCACUGUGGAUUCCACUCCCCCGCAAAUAGGCCGUGUACUUGACGGAUAUAGGGCGGCAAGUCCAGACGUUGAGAAUGUCGACCGUGAUUGGCUGCCUACAAUCACGUGGUACGGAGGACAAGAUAUUCAGAGUGGACUUCGGGAGUGUCAAUGGAUCAUCCUGAGGCAUGAUGGGAACGGCAAGCUUGUCGUUUAUGACAAAACAAUUGAUGAAGCUAACACAACGUAUAACGUACGUCAUGCGGAAAAAGCCGCUGCCCAACUACAAUUAAGCACCAAUGCUUCGUAUUUUAACGGCAUCCGCUGCACCAAUAACGCAGGUGUCACUAGUUACCAGUACUCUAACGGUUGGUCAGUAGCCGACCAAUGGCCAGUGAAGUCAUAUGUUUACGAUGGACUUGGAUCACGUGAUUUGGAAUAUGACGUCAUUGGCGAAACACUUGGUGCAUCAUGGGGAGCAUUCUACGGCGAUUCAAAAGACCCAGUCAUAAGAUACGAGUGGGCUGUGGGUACUUUAGGAGUACCCGAGGGUAUCAUGGAGUACACAGAGGUAGAGUUGAACACAAAAGUAUCAAAAUCGUUAUCUGACAGCGACAUCGAGCUGGAGCCUGGGUUAAGGUACUACGUCACUGUCCGUGCGACUUCAUUGAGCGGAAGGACUAGUAACAAGUCUUCAAACGGAUUCAUUGUGGACAGGACCGCACCCACGGAAGGCGUGGUUACAGUGGCUCACAACAUUUUGAACCAAACAUCAAAUGAUGUCGAUUAUACCCUAACUUGGGAUGGUUUUAAAGAUUUAGAAAGCGGAAUUUGUGGUUAUGAGUUUUGUUUGGGUUAUAUCAAAGAUGUCUGUUCGACUGCCUUCAUAAAUGCUGGUUUAAUACUUCACGGAACUGUUCAAAACUUCACACCAGCCGACAUGAGCAGACCAUUCUAUGGUAUUGUCAUAGCAACGAACAACGCUGGCUUGAAAACAAUCGUUAGUUCUGAUGCGAUCAAAAUUGACUUCACCCCACCCAUAGCGGGGACGGUAAUCGAUGGCGUUGACAAGGACCUCGACUAUAUCAACGACAGUGUUCCCUUGGUUACCACAUGGUCCGGGUUUACAGACCCGCAGUCUGGUAUCGAGAAAUGUAGGCUAACCAUCAUCGAGGAGGGACCUACCGGACCUUUUCUCGUUCUAAGAUUGACGGUCAAAGCAAACGGGUCCGUUCCUCAUAAAUUUGUUUUAACACCCGGCCUGAAAUAUAUCUCGACUGUCGAAUGUAGAAACCCUGACGGUUUUAGAACUUCCGUUUCCUCUAACGGCGCGAUUUGUGACAACACUCCUCCGAUAUUGGGAAAAAUAUUUCACGGAACUGAUCGGAAUUCCGACAUUCACUACCAGUCUUCUACAAACACCCUCAGUGUGCAUUGGAACCCAGGCCACGAUCCCCAAAGUGGCGUCAAAGAGUAUUUAGUGGCCGUAGGAACUGGACCUGAUCGCGACGACGUACGCGAAUUCGCCACGGUUGACAUGGCAACCGAUGUGCAUGUCGUGAAUGUCACUAUGAAUUCUGGAUCCACUUAUUACGUGACGUUAGAAGUUGUAAAUAAUGCGGGGUUAAGGUUAGCUGUUUCGUCAAGCGGUGUCAGAGUUGACGCGACACCUCCAAUAAUAAGCAAGGUAAGAUCAGAUCUCGCGGCUAGUCUGCCAACAAGCCGCCAACAAGUUAUGUUCACACUGCUUGUCCCAAGUUGUCAACAAGUUUGGAACAAACUGUUAACAACAUGUAACAACCUUUUUGGUAUUAUCAGACUUGUUGCAAGGUUUUCUACCAAGUCGGAUACAAGCCUGAUAUAACAAUAUUGUUACAAAUAUCAUGAUUGUAUCAGACUUGUUGGAACAACCUUGCAAAAGUGUGAUAAUGCCAUCAAACUUGUUACAAGUUGUUGAUAGCUUGUUCCAAACUUGUUACAGCAACUAGGAACAAGCAAUGCGAACACAACUUGUCGACAACUUCUGAACAGAUUUGUAACAACUUGUUUGCAGACCUGUAACAACUUGUGCGUUUUUACGUGUGUAGUUCAGAAACAAAUUCAUUAUAAAGUACCUAACAGUUUAAUUAAAGCGUGUUUUCCACAAGACAAAUUUGUUCUUGCGCAGCUUUUACAGACGUGAUAAGCGAUGCCGACAUGCACAGGAAAAAGUCGAAACUGAAUCACUUUCUGCAAAGGCCCAUUUAUUUAAAUUAAUGUCACCAACUUUAUAUUUCUUAAUAAAUCGCAUGUCCAGUUACCAUGCACUGUUCUAAUAAUGUAAGCAUAGAAUGAAACAAAGUUAACCAAGCAUUUGAAUUAUAUAUGUGAGUGAAUUGGGUGGGAUAACUCACAUGCCUAGUUUCCACUGUUCUGAUAAUGUAAACAUGGAAUGGAACAAAGGUAGCCAAGCAUUUAAAUUAUAUAUGUGAGUGAAUUUGGUGGGAUGACUCACAUGCCUAGUUACCACUGUUAUGGUAAUUAAACGUAGAAUGGAACAAAGGUUUAUGGGGCUUCGGUGGCGAAGUGGUUAGCGCACUUGCCUUUCACCUCUAAGGCGGCAGGUCCGAAUCUCAGUGAGAACUUGUCAAUGUGACUCGAACCCAGGCCUCAUGUGAAAAGAGUAAAAGUCAACGCUCUGCCGAAAGUCGUGGGUUUUCUCCGGGUACUCCGUGUUUCCUCCCACAGGGAAAGUUGACAUGGGUGGGUUAGGCACAUAGGUUUCCAGAGGACCACAGAGUCAUCGGUAUUCGUACUGUCAAGUCUCAUCCUCUAUAAAUAAAGUCUCUCAUUUAAAUCAUAUAUGAGUGAUCAAUGAGGUCGCAAUGGGUAGUCACUAUUCAUUCGAAUUGUUGUUUCAAAAAUAUUUUUCUAACCUGUGAUGCAUUUGUAACCGUUCGUACUUUACCUCGCUCAUUUCAGGUAAAUCUUCAAUCUUCGGACGCAGUACCAGGGUUUAUCGGACCAGGAGACUACCUAAAUGGACAUUGGAACACGUAUGACGGUGAGAGUGGUAUAGACUUCACUGAAUACUGUAUUGGUACAACCACUGGCGGUUGCCAAGUAGAAGAUAUGCGACGUACGCCUGAAAACCAGACAAGUGUCACUUGCUUUGAAUGCAAGCUAAAACACAAGCAUACUUAUUUCAUGACUAUACGAGUCUGGAACAAAGCGGGGUUAUUUAAUUUAGCCACCACAGAAGGGGUAACCGUAGACCUAACCCCACCCACAGACGGAGAAGUUGUAUUAAACCCACCCUACAUGCCUUGUUUGGAAACCUGUAGUUUGCGUGCGACAGUAAGUGGCUUUAUAGACGAAGAAAGUGGAAUCAAAGACUGUGAAUUUAUCAUCAAAACUAGCAACGGGACAAUUGUGACUCCAGCGCAAACUACAAAAAGCAAUGAUCAUAUACUGGUUGCUAACUUGACACUAACACAUGGAGAAAGUUACAAGAUUGUUGUUGCUUGUAUAAACUCGCUGGGCGUAAGAAGCAUAGAAGUUGAUUCGUCGCCAGUGAGAAUCGAUAACACUCCACCGGAAAAGGUAAAGUUUUUCACAAUUACCAGAGGGCAUUUAGAUACUGCCUUUCCCACUUUUGAGAGUCUAAAUACAAAAUCAAAUACGACGGAAUACAACUUUUUAGUAUUGUAGUUGUUUCUAUAAUGGUAAAUUUACAAUUACAGUUACAACUUUUAAAAGUGUAAUUAAGUUGAGUUGUCUAGAAUCUUUCUCGAAGGCGGACAAUACCACAAAAAUGGUGGAUUUUGGUCUUCGUGAGAAUGGCUAAUUGUAUAAAGUCUUAUAUAUUAUCCAAAAUAUAUCUGUAUGAUUUCAUAAAUGUGUCUAUCUGUAACAGGAUAAAGACUCUAAGCCCAACAUCUCAAUCACUAAAUCGAAGCUUUAUAGCCAAUGCCGAAUACUUUCUGGAGGGGUGUAUUUAUAAGUAAUUUAUUAUGUGAUGUAAAUUUACAUAUUGUUACGAAUUGGAAACUAAAACUGAACUAUCCCAUUUUAGGGUGUGGUGAUAAUCAGUCCAGAUUCAAACCACGACAUACGACAUCAACAUACGGGAUGUCACUUCCUCAACACAACACUACGUGUUUACUGGACUGGUUUCCAUGACGACGAAUCAGACAUUGCUGGAUUCCGGGUCGCUAUUGGUCGAGCCCCACUGGGUGUGGACAUCAUACCAUAUAAGGACUUAAACAUUGACUCGGAAGCUAGGUUUGAGUUAAGUCAGCAAUAUGGACUGUCUCGAGGUGAAACAAUAUUCGCAACAGUUGAGGCAACCAAUCAAGCUGGACUUAUCACAAAAGUUUCGUCGCAACCUACACGACUUCUAUUAGACACAGACAACACUCUACUUAACGAACGAGAUUUUCUUUGUGUAAAUGUUUAAGAGAAAUGAUAGCGUUACUUGGGAGAUAUUUUGAUGUAUUGAUGCAGUUUAAUCCUUAUUAACGGACACCUCUCUUAAGCGGACACACCCUUUUUAAUUAAGCGGACACAUACCUCCGACGCAAAUGAUUUUUUAGUAAAAUACUGUUGUCAAUCUACGCCAUAAUAGGUGUUUUAAGGUUCCAGUUAUAGAACUGAUCGCUACCGUAAGAGUUUUAUACUGUCUGUACUGUAGCAAGAUUGUACGACCGAAACAUUUUUAAACUCUCAACUUUUACUUCUUAAAUCGUAUCUUAUUAGUUGUUAUUACACUACUCUGUUUAUAUACAGUACGUUAUAGUUGUAGUUGUAAAACCAUUGUAUCUUCUAUUUUUAAGUACUAUUUAAAACAUGAGCAGCAGUGUUUUAUCAGAUAUAAAAAUACGAGGCGAAGCCGAGUAUCUUUUAAUAGGUCUGCAUGAUAAAACACGCACUGCGAAUGGUUUAACGAAGUAAUUUUCAAAAACUAUGUUGUGUAAGUCAAGAAAAUCAAAGUUAAAGUUCAUGUAAAUAAAGGGAAAUCUCUAUCACAUAUAAAGAUACGUCACGCUUAUGAUUUUUUUUUGUGUUUUCCUCAUGAAUUAUUAAUGAGUUUUGAACAGUGUUCAGUAAAGUACUCAAAAUAUUUACUUAAGUAAAAGUGAAAAGUAACACCUCA